CGUUGGUGAGUCCCCCCCAUUAUGGCGGAAGGGCAAGCCGUGCGGAUGGGCCGUCUCUCCCUCUCCAAUGCUUGUUUUGUAUCUUGAGGGAGGGGUUUUAUUUUUGUUUUUCAAAAUCUCUUCACGACGGCCAGAUUUCUUCACACAUAGACUGUUCUCGUGGUUUUCGGCGAAGUCAUGGCGGACCGCGGCAUGGAUCUGUCCGCCCUGCCGAAGGAGGUUCGAGACCAGUUGGCGGAGUUGGACCUGGAGCUGUCUGAAGGUGACAUCACACAGAAGGGCUAUGAAAAGAAAAGAGCCAAGUUGCUGGCCUCCUACAUCCCUCAGCUGCCAAAAGCGGACCUUUCUCUGCCAGACGUCCAGCCUUCCCCAAGCCACAGUGCCAACCCCAGCCCAAGUCCUGAGGCCCCGGGCCCCUCCACCUCCUCAGCCUCUAGACACCAUCGUGCACAUCGCAGUGGAGGGGCCAGAGAUGAGCGCUACAGAUCAGACAUCCACACAGAAGCUGUGCAGGCGGCUCUGGCUAAACACAGAGAGGAGAAGAUGGCGCUGCCCAUGCCGACCAAGAGACGCUCAUACUUCGUCCAGUCUCCCAUAGAUAACUGCACACCUCCAGAUACAUCCUCUGCAUCAGAGGAUGAAGGCUCGCUGCGCAGAAAGGCGGCUCUCAGCGCCGUGCUCGCCCAGACCCUCCAGAGCCCCGAUUACUGGAUCAAUCGCUCCGUCCAAAGCUCUUCCACUUCCUCGUCUGCUUCCUCCACCCUCUCCCAUGGAGAGCCCAAGACUCAGCCUCAGCCCCAGCUUCAGCCCGGGGCCUCGGUGCUGGCCGACGUCCUGGCCCACACGCGCAUAGAAAACAGCGUCCCCCCAGACGUGACCUCCUCCACUCCACAGGAGAGAGGAUCCAGAGUGGACCUUCCUCCAGCCAUCAGGGGCAUGAGCCGCGGUCAGAGCCGCUCCAGCAUGCUGGAUACAGCUGACGGAAAAAGAAAAGGCGUGCCGGUCAGCAGCCGGGUGUCCACCAAGAUCCAGCAGCUGUUGAACACUCUUAAACGGCCCAAACGGCCGCCGCUCAGCGAAUUCUUCCUCGACGACUCAGAGGAAAUAGUUGAAGUUCCAAGGCCAGAUCCCAACACCCCGAAGCCCGAGGGGCGUCAAAUCAUCCCAGUGAAGGGAGAGCCUCUUGGAGUGGUCAGCAACUGGCCUCCCGCCCUGCAGGCCGCCUUGGCCCGAUGGGGGGCCACGCAGGCCAAGAGCCCUGCCCUCACUGCCCUGGACAUCACUGGCAAACCCCUCUAUACACUCACAUAUGGCAAACUAUGGAGUCGCAGUUUAAAGCUGGCUUAUACUCUGCUGAACAAACUGGGGACGAAGACUGAGCCUGUCCUACAAACUGGUGAUCGGGUGGCGCUGGUGUAUCCAAACAGCGACCCUGCGAUGUUCUGGGUGGCUUUCUACGGCUGCCUGCUAGCUGAGGUCAUUCCUGUCCCCAUCGAGGUGCCACUGUCACGUCAGGACGCAGGCAGCCAGCAGAUUGGCUUCCUGUUGGGCAGCUGUGGUGUGAGUUUGGCGCUGACCAGUGAGGUGUGCCUCAAAGGGCUGCCCAAGACCCCGAAUGGGGAGAUCGUCCAGUUCAAAGGAUGGCCGAGAAUGAAAUGGGUCGUCACCGACACAAAGUACCUGACCAAACCAUCCAAAGACUGGCAGCCUCACAUUCCCACCGCCAACACGGACACAGCCUACAUAGAGUAUAAAGCGAGUAAGGAGGGAACGGUGAUGGGAGUUGCCGUUUCCAAGAUCGCCAUGCUGACACACUGUCAAGCCCUGACUCAGGCCUGUAACUACUGUGAAGGGGAGACGCUGGUCAACGUGUUGGACUGCAAGAAGGACAUGGGCAUGUGGCACGGCGUCCUAACGAGUGUUAUGAACAGAAUUCACACCAUCACUGUGCCGUAUGCCGUCAUGAAAGCCUGUCCCAUGUCCUGGGUGCAGAGGGUGCACAUCCACAAAGCACGUGUUGCCUUGGUGAAGUGCAGGGACCUUCACUGGGCCAUGAUGGCCCACAAGGAUCAGAAAGACAUCAACCUGUCUUCUAUACGAAUGCUAAUAGUGGCUGACGGGGCAAAUCCAUGGUCCGUCUCGUCGUGCGAUGCCUUCCUGAAUGUGUUCCAGUCUCACGGCCUGAGGCCGGAGGUCAUCUGUCCGUGUGCCACGUCCCCCGAGGCUCUGACCGUGGCCAUACGCAGACCUGGCGCCCGUGGAGCUCCUCUCCCAGCCAGGGCCAUCCUGUCCAUGGGUGGGCUGAGCCACGGCGUCAUCAGGGUCAACACGGAGGACAAGAACUCGGCUCUGACUGUGCAAGACGUCGGCCACAUUAUGCCCGGAGCUUUGAUGUGCAUAGUGAAGCCAGACGGGUCGCCGCAGCUGUGCAAGACGGAUGAGAUUGGAGAGAUAGUGAUCAACUCUCGGGCUGGAGGAACGAUGUACUACGGCCUUCCUGGUGUCACCAAGAACACAUUUGAGGUUAUCCCCGUCAACCAGGCCGGAGCGCCCAUAGGAGAAAUCCCCUUCGCUCGGACUGGUUUACUGGGAUUUGUGGGACCGGGGAGUCUUGUGUUUGUUGUAGGGAAGAUCGAGGGACUCCUGAUGGUGAGUGGGCGACGCCACAAUGCUGACGACCUGGUGGCCACCGCGCUGGCAGUGGAGCCCGUCAAAACAGUUUACAGGGGGAGGAUUGCUGUGUUCUCAGUGACAGUGUUUUAUGAUGAGAGGAUAGUGAUCGUGGCAGAGCAGAGACCUGACGCCAGUGAGGAGGACAGCUUUCAGUGGAUGAGUCGAGUACUGCAGGCCAUCGACGGCAUCCAUCAGGUUGGCCUUUACUGCCUCGCUCUUGUGCCAGCCAACACCCUCCCAAAGACUCCGCUAGGAGGAAUCCACAUCUGUGAAACCAAGCAGAGUUUCCUGGACGGUAACCUGCAUCCCUGCAACAUCCUCAUGUGUCCGCAUACGUGUGUAACAAACAUGCCCAAGCCUCGACAGAAACAGCCGGGUGAGCCUUCAUCUGUUACAGCCUGUAAUCUGUAUGGCACUUAUUUCUUCAUUCGUUUUCAGCAUCAGUUCCUGUCUGAAGCUUUGCAGUGGAGAGCCCAAACCGACCCUGACCACGUUCUCUACGUUCUGCUCAACUCUAAGGGUGUCCCGGUGUGCACGGCAACAUGUGCGCAGCUUCACAAAAGAGCGGAGAAAAUCACAGCCACUCUCCUAGAAAGAGGAGGCCUCAACACGGGCGACAACGUGGUGCUGCUUUAUCCUCCAGGUAUUGACCUGAUUGCUGCCUUCUACGGCUGCCUCUACGCAGGGGUGAUCCCCGUGACCGUGAGGCCGCCGCACCCCCAGAACCUGUCUGCUACGCUCCCCACGGUCCGCAUGAUUAUUGACGUGAGCAAAGCAGCCUGCAUCCUCACCACUCAGCCUCUCAUGAGGAUCCUCAGGUCCAGGGAGGCCGCCGCCAGCGUUAACGUCAAAACGUGGCCAACAAUCAUCGAUACAGAUGAUCUUCCCAGGAAGCGUCCUCCACACCUCUACAAACCUCCCACUGCUGAGAUGCUGGCCUACUUGGACUUCAGUGUGUCUACCACAGGCAUGUUGACUGGAGUCAAGAUGUCUCACGCGGCCAUCAGCACUCUUUGCCGCUCCAUCAAGCUGCAGUGUGAACUUUACUCCUCACGCCAAAUAGCCAUCUGCCUGGACCCGUACUGCGGCCUGGGCUUUGUCCUGUGGUGCCUCUCCAGUGUUUACUCAGGUCACCAGUCUAUCCUUAUUCCUCCGCUGGAGCUGGAGACCUCGCUGCCUGUGUGGCUGAGCACGCUCAGUCAGUACAAGAUCAGAGACACCUUCUGCUCCUACUCCGUCAUGGAGCUGUGCACCAAAGGCCUCGGCACGCAGACCGAGGUGCUGAAGGCUCGGGGUCUCAACCUGUCGUGUGUGCGAAGCUGUGUGGUGGUGGCUGAGGAGCGACCCCGCCUCGCGCUCUCGCAGUCCUUCUCCAAGCUUUUCAAAGACCUGGGCCUGUCGCCUCGGGCCGUCAGCACCGCCUUUGGCUCCAGGGUCAAUCUGGCCAUCGGCCUGCAGGGGACUUCUGGACCAGAUCCCUCCACCGUUUAUGUUGACAUGAAGUCCCUGCGUCACGACAGAGUGCGACUGGUUGAAAAAGGAGCGCCACAGAGUCUUCCACUUAUGGAGUCAGGCACUAUCCUGCCAGGAGUCAGAGUCAUCAUAGUUAACCCAGAGACCAGGGGCCCGCUGGGAGACUCGCAUCUUGGAGAGAUCUGGGUGAACUCCCCUCACAGCGCAAGCGGCUACUACACCAUCUACGGAGAGGAGAGCCUGCAGGCGGAUCAUUUCAACACCAAACUCAGCUUUGGGGACCCCCAGACCCUCUGGUCCAGGACGGGAUACCUGGGCUUCAUCAAGAGAACGGAGCUGCUGGACGCAAGCGGAGAUCGCCAUGAUGCCUUGUUUGUUGUUGGCUCUCUGGAUGAAACUUUGGAGUUAAGGGGGUUGCGCUAUCACCCCAUCGACAUCGAGACAUCUGUGUCCCGAGCUCACCGCAGCAUCGCAGAGAGCGCUGUGUUUACAUGGACCAACCUGCUGGUGGUGGUGGCAGAGCUCAGCGGCUCCGAGCAGGAGGCCCUGGACCUGGUGCCGCUCGUCACCAACGUGGUCCUGGAGGAGCACCACCUCAUCGUCGGGGUGGUCGUCAUCGUGGACCCCGGGGUGAUCCCCAUCAACUCCAGGGGGGAGAAGCAGAGGAUGCACCUGCGGGACUCCUUCCUGGCAGACCAACUGGACCCCAUCUACGUGGCCUACAACAUGUGAACAUGCGGUCAGAAACCGAUGCAGAAAACUGAGCCAGGGUCAGAGAAGACCCCCACAGGGACCUGAGGGGUGUGAACAGCAG